GUACCACUCCGGCGGCUUUUCUCAGGCGGACACAUACACACCCGUGUUAGCGGUGGGCUUCAGCGGUGACUAUUUCCGGCUUUGAUUGGGUCGAAGGCGAGACGAUACUCCUCUGGAUAUGGCGGCGGUAGCUACUGCGGUGACAGCGCGGUGUUUAGUCAGAGCUGCCUCUUUGGUGAGGCGCCGGUUCUUCUUCAAGGCCCCGUUGCUGAGUCGAGACGGAUGCGAGGUGCUUGAAAAAUCCAGAUUUUUCAGAAGAGGACUUGCAUUCUCAUUGUUGCCUUACUUUGGCUAUGAAACAUAUUUAUUAAUCUCUCGGUCUUCUGUGGUUCAUGCUGAAGUGCAGGUUGAUGAAAUUCUAGAUCAAGCAGACUAUCUAUAUGGGAGUGGGGAAACCGAAAAACUUUUUCAGUUACUGGAUCAACACAAAAACAGUGAGAAUGCACAAGUGCUAUGGCGUUUGGCUCGAGCAUUGCGUGACUUUGCUCAGCUUAGUCAUACUCCCGAAGAAAAGAAGAAGCAGCUGACCUAUGAAGCUCUUGAGUACGCAGAGAAGGCACUUGAGAGAGACCCAUCAUGUUUUAGUGUGCACAAGUGGUAUGCAAUCUGCAUCAGUGAUGUAGGGGAUUAUGAAGGAAUAAAGACAAAAAUUGCCAAUGCUUUUGUUAUCAAGGAACACUUCCAGAAAGCAAUUGAAUUGAAUCCAAAGGAUGCUACAUCCCUUCACCUUAUGGGCAUUUGGUGUUACACUUUUGCUGAAAUGCCAUGGUAUCAGCGCAAAAUAGCUGCUGUUUUAUUUUCAACGCCACCCAGCUCCACAUAUGAAGAGGCUUUACGUUACUUUCAAAAAGCCGAAGAUGUUGAGCCGAAUUUCUAUAGUAAAAACUUGCUCUUCUUGGGGAAAACAUACAUGAAAUUAAACAACAAAAAGAUGGCUCUUUUAUGGUUAACAAAGGCUAAAGAACGAGUAUCGCACACAGAGGAGGACAAGCAAGUACAAAAGGAAGCUUUGGAAAUUCUCAAUUCUAUGUGACAAGAUUACUAAAAUUCUGAUCAGAGCAAUAAUAUGCUAACCUUUGACGUGGAUGGUAUGACUACAAGAAAGAAGGCUGCAUCUCUAACAAGCAGAAAUUAUGGAUGUUACUGAAAUUUUUCAGAUCCAUAUCUCUAAAUUGAAAAGAUAUGUACAAAUACUCACCUGCCAUUUGGUUCUGAGUUCCUACCGUAACCUGCUAAUAUGAUCUGAAAUAUUUCGAAAUUUUGGAGGACACACUAUUGAUUUUCAAAGAUCACUCAAAGCCAGAAGGUUCAUUUUCAUUUGGACAAAGAAUGGAAUGUAUGCCAUUUCUCAAUCAAUAAUUUCAAUUGAUAAUUUUCUACAGCACUGUGAGGAAGCAGGGGUACUUUUAUGGAGUGAGGUGCCCCAUCCAUUACCAUAGUAGUAUCUGCUAGAGACAGACUUGAGUUUUGUAGCUUGUGGAAUUUGCAACUACCGUAGUGCCUCUUAAGCUGUCUUAUGUGAGGCUCAUUCCACAGUUAUGUGGGACUGACCCUGUAUUUCAUUCUUGGAAACUUGUGGCAGAAAUGGAGCUUAUGGCUAUGCCAAACAGCAAUCAGCUGCAGCAUUUUGGGAGUCAGUAACAGGGCCUGCCUUGCCAGCUACCCCAGCAAUUAAAAAAAAUUCUAGAUUCUUAAGUGUAGCCACCAACAUAGAAAUCAUGAAAAGUAGAAAAUGUGAAAAGAAAUAAUACUUCCCUGCUCUUUUGAAGAAUUUUUUCAGGGAUCUCCAGGAGGUCCAAAAUACUACUUAUGCAAGGUUUAACUGGCCUGGAUGUUUGAUUUUUCAUACGAAAUGUGCAUAUGGUUAAUGAAGUCGAAUGCUCUUCGAUGUCAGCACCUGUCCUUAUUCCUUUUAUGUGGUUUUUCCACACUGGUACCAUUUUUGUUGUUUUUAAAGAAGUAAUACCCUCAAACAUAUCUGCUUUGUUAACUGAGGUAUACCUGUGAUUUGAAUCCAUUGGUUCAUGUCAUGAAAAAAACAAGUUUGCUUCAUCUAGUAAUAUGGAGCGGGAUUACCUUCUGUUAAUUCUUGUUGGUGUUGUUUAAAGGCUUCUUCUUGGUCUAACUUGACCAGAUGCAUCAACUUGGGGGCAAAAGACAAGACACUUUGACCAGCUUUGCUCUAAUCCAGGACACUCAUUUUAUGAAGCCCAAAUCUUAAAACUCUCCUGAACACACAUCACUCAGUCUCUCAAUCAGAACUGUUAAUAAUGCUGCCCAGCAAGAUAGUUUACCCUGACCUACCUACAUCGGCUUCAGUAUCUGAAUUGUCUUGAGUAAUCCAAUUGCAAAUCCAGUGCUUUCUGAGAAGGGAACUGGGUGUGCCAGCCUUACAGGAAAACUUUUGAAACAAGCAGCUAUAGAGUUCAAGUGGUUAGGUUUCCCUUAUGCUUUUACCAAUCGCUUUUUGCAUAUGUUUAUUCAAGUUUGUAAGACCUGAUGAUAACACUUUCAUUUACAGUCCAGUUGCAAUAAAUAUUAUAAUUGUCAAAUUCAUUAAAUUACUGCUUGAAACUGCUAGAAUUCAUUUUAGUAAGAUCAGAAGAAAAGUGAGGUAAAUGCUGACAAUUUUUCAAUAUUUUUAGCAUUUAUUCAGUAAACUCUGUAUGUUCUAUUGGCAUAAACUGAAAUGAGAAUAAACAUCUCUAUUAAUAA